AUGGAUUCUUCGUCAGGAUUCAAGAGGGUCAUGACCCUUGUGGCUGCCCUUGCCCUUUUCACUAUCUCUGUCACUCCACUUCCGGCUCCUGCUUCCCCUGCCAAAGCUCAAGCCCUCCUCAAGUGGAAAUCCAGUCUUGGCAACCGUUUGGCCAGGAGUGUGAUUUGGAUAAAUCUUACCAGUGCCGAUGUGGAAGGUACGCUUGACGAAUUCCCAUUCUCAUCUUUGUCUCAUCUCAUGUACAUAGACCUGAGUGUGAAUAGUCUCUCAUGCCACAUUCCACCUCAAAUCGAUUUUCUGAGCAAUCUCACAUAUCUCGACCUCUCUAUCAAUCGGUUCUCGGGGAUAAUACCCCCAGAGAUCGUCCAUCUAACGAAACUGGAGGUCCUACACAUGUAUUUCAACGAGUUAAAUGGCUCCAUUCCCCUAGAAAUUGGGCAAUUGCAUUUGCUCAAUGAGGUCACGCUGUAUUUGAAUCAGUUGCAUGGAUCUAUCCCUUCCUCAUUGGGUAAUUUGAGCAAAUUAGCUAGACUGUAUGUCUACAACAACUCUCUUUCUGGUUCUAUACCUCCCGAGAUGGGAAAUAUGACAAAUUUGGAAGUGCUCCACAUGGACGCUAACUUCUUGACAGGACCAAUUCCUUCCACUGUGGGGAACUUGACCAAAUUGAGAGAGUUGCACCUUUUUGCUAAUAAGCUUAACGAUUCCAUCACCCUAGAGCUAGGGAAUUUGAAGCUUCUUAGCUCGUUGAGCCUUUACAAUAAUAAUUUUAUUGGUUCAAUCCCGCCGACAUUAGGCAAUUUGACGGAGCUUACCCUUCUUUUACUUUAUGAUAACCAGCUUUCGGGUCACAUUCCUGAUGAGAUGGGACAUCUCCGCGCUAUGCAGGACUUAAAGCUGAGUGGAAAUCAGCUCACCGGCCCAAUUCCUUCUUCUUUGGUUGCACAUUUUGGAUCUCUCAACAACAACUUCGCUGGUCCUUUACCAGCCAAUCUGAUAGUGAAACUUCAAGGGAUAAUGAAUGGACAAAAUGGGCAAAAGCCGCAAGACAAAUCAUUGUACAUGAGGCAGCAAGCUGGAAAGGAAUUAUAUGAAGCUUCUGUGAAUGUGAUCAUGAAAGGAAAGGAGAUUCGGCUAGAGAGGAUCUUGACCAUUUUCACAACCAUCGACUUAUUGCUCAACUCUUUUCAAGGGAACAUCCCGAGUGUUAUUGGAAAUCUUCAUUCUCUCAUAGGGCUCAACCUUUCCCACAACCACCUCACGGGUUCCAUUCCUUCAACCCUUGGAAAUUUGACUAACCUUGAAAGACUGGAUUUAUCUUCAAACAAGCUUAGUGGGAGUGUCCCUAGAAAACUGGGAGAUUUGUCAUUCCUUGGGUAUUUGGACCUCUCAGAUAACCAACUCACAGGCCCCAUACCUCAAGACAAGCAACUGAGCACAUUCACAAGCAACUCAUUUCAUGGAAACCUCGGCUUAUGUGGAACUCCAUUACGAAAUACAUGCCCUGGUGAUGCUCAGCCUCCAUUGCCACCACCUUCAUUCUUCCAAGAGGAUAGUACAAGAGAGCAUGGUAGCGGGUUUGAUAGGAAAGUAGUCGGGAUAGGCUAUGCAUCCGGAAUCGUGAAUGGAAUCUCCAUAGCGUACAUUUCAUGUGAAAUUGGAAGACCCAAUUGGCUUGUGGGAAAAGUGAGAAGCAUGGAGAGAAGAGCCAAAUUGAUGAAGAAGCCAAAGCAGAAGGCCAUCAAAUUUCAUGGAGGCCAAUGAAAUUGUUGGGAAGUGGUCCCUUUGAACUAUGUGCAAUGUAGAUCAAGGAAUACAAUUUUUGUCAGAUUGCAAUGCAAUU